AUGUUUUUUGGCUCAUAUCUAUCUGGUCUUAUUCCACUGGCAUUUAAUCUAUCUGAAACUAAAAUGCGUUAUGUCACCGUACUUGGUGCAGGUCUUUUAGUUGGUACAGCACUUGCCGUAAUCAUUCCUGAAGGUGUUCAUGCUUUAUAUAUAAAAACUACUCAUGAUAAGAUACAAUUGGAUAAUAAAAUUAUUCAUCGACAUUUGAAUCAAGUUGCUAAUGAAAAUAAAGUAGAUCAAGCUAAGAUUACAUCUAAUAUUCAUCAACAUGAAGUUGAUCCAUUGAAAAAAUCAAGUACAGAUAAACAUUCCGAUGCUACUCAUUCAGCUAUUGGUGUAACUUUAGUUCUUGGUUUUGUAUUUAUGUUAGUUGUUGAUAAUUUUAGUUCAAAACUUUUUCAUAAUCAUGGAAGUCAAGUUAUUGAUUCAUCUGGUUCAGUAAUUAUAUCAAAAUCAAAAGCAACAUGGACAGCUACAUUAGGUCUUGUUGUUCAUGCAGCAGCUGAUGGAAUUGCUUUAGGUGCAGCAUCAGCAACAAGUCGAUUUAAUGUUGAAUUUAUAGUAUUUAUGGCUAUCAUACUUCAUAAAGCUCCAGCUGCUUUUGGUCUUGUUUCAUUUUUGAUAUCUGAUGGUGUUGAUCGUAAACGUAUUCGACGUCAUUUAUUAAUAUUUUCAUUAGCUGCUCCAUUAGUAGCCAUUAUUACUUAUGUUGUAUUAAAAAGUAGAAUACAGGGUUCAUAUUCAAUUGAUUCAACUGGCUUAGCAAUGUUAUUUAGUGCGGGUACAUUUCUUUUUGUUGCUACGGUACAUGUUCUACCUGAAGUUCAAUCUCAUUAUGAUGAUAGACAAUUUCGUGCCAUUGAACUUCUUAUUCUCAUUAUUGGUUGUUGCUUUCCAAUCAUUCUUUCAAUGGGACAUAAACAUUGA